AUGCGACCUCAAGCAGUCCUCCUCGCCGUCGCCGCGCCACUUCUUGUUGGUUGCACACUUGCACCUGCUGCAGCUGCAGCUGCCACACUCGCUCUCCCUCAGCUCUGCACCGCGACCACUCCGCUUGGCGCCCGGCGCCAGCCAGCCAUGUUCACGGACGGCAUGUCGAGGCUGGCGGUGGCGGUGAGCGUCACGGUGGCGCUGAGCCUGGCCAUCGUCCUCACCAUCCUGGUGCUCCUCCUCGCGGACCUCAUCUGCGCGCACCUCCGGCGCCGGCGACUCCGCGCCGAGGCGUCCCGGCCGAAGCUCGGCCUGGCGCUGGCAACGACGACGUCCCCGGAGCGCGGCGCCGACGACGCCGCGUCGUCGGUGGCGACCACGGCCACGACGGCGGCACGCGAGGCGCUCGCCGGCACGCCGCCCUUCUACUACGCGCACGGCGUCCUGCACGCGCCCAGCAGCACCAAGGACCUCCUCCUCGCCAUCCCCAGGCUGGAGGGCGCCGUGUGGCGGUGGUCGCCCGCGCGCCGCUCCUCGCCGUCGUCGGGGUCGGCCUCCUCGGCGCGCGGCGACGGGUUCAUGUGCAUCUCCAACCCGGUGAUCACGGAGGAGGCGGACGCGUACGACGAGGAGGACUGCGGCGGGUUCUCGCCGCCGCUGUCGGCGAUGAGGAAGCUACCUCCGUUGGGCGUCCUGGCCGCGUACCCCCCGCCGUCGCUGAGCUUCGCCGAUGCACGGCCGUCGCUGGCCACGGUGACCGACGCCAACCGGGCCUCCUCCUCGUCGUCCGCCUACUUCUUCUCUUCAUGGUCGUCGAAGUAA